UAAUUCAACAACAAAAUGAGCGUACGUAAGUGCAUUCUCCCGGCUCCUGUGACAAAAAUGUUAAAACUCAUAAUAGAUUUAAACGAAUCUAAUAUGUGGUACUUAACUGUUAUUGCUCCGAUAAUAAUAUUGGCAGUAAUUAUGAUACUGAGAUUGGAAGGCAGAAGAAAAAGAAUAUUGGCAAAUAAAAUACCCGGUCCCGAUGGUUCAAUUUUUAUUGGCAUGCUACCAUUAUUUCUAAAAGGACCAGAAAAACUUAUUAUAGAUGGAUUUAAAGUGUACCAAAAGUAUCAGAAAUCUUUAUUUAAAGUAUGGGUCUGCAAUAAUCUAUACAUUGUGCUUACGCGACCUGAAGACAUAGAAAUGAUCCUUACUGAUCCAAAAUUACAAAAGAAAUCUAAAGAAUACUUGGUUUUACAAGAAUCCAUCAUGGGUCAAGGAAUAUUUUCAAUCGAUGACAUAAAAAAAUGGAAGAAUAACCGGAAAAUGGUAACUGGAGGCUUCAAUUUUACAAUUAUAAAAUCUUUUAUACCGAUAUUUUACGAAGAAUCUAUGGUCCUCAAUGACAUUCUGAAACAAAAAUAUGAUUUGAAAUCGAAUGAGUGUGAUUUAAGUGUUCCUGUUAGCAUGGCUACAAUGGAAAUGAUAGGAAAAACUGCAUUGGGUGUAAAAUUUAAUGCUCAAAAUGGCGGUCGUCAUCGAUUUGUCGAAAAUUUACAAACAGCUAUGCACGCAUGGGAAUAUAGAAUCUCACAUCCGUGGUACUUGAGCAAAACAUUAUUUCGACUUUCAUCAGUCAAACAAAAACACGAUAAAAGUCAAAAAAUCAUAAACGAGUUCACAGACGAAAUAAUUAAUAAAAAACUUGAUGAAUUGAACAAAAAUGCAAAUAAUGAAAAACAAGUAGAAACAAGUGACGAAGAUAUUUGUCGAAAAACAAAAACAGUUAUAGAAAUUCUGUUAGGAAACUAUCAUGAAAUGUCACAUGAGCAAAUACGAGAUGAACUUGUAACCAUCAUGAUUGGAGGACAAGAAACUACUGCAAUGGCCAAUGCAUGUGUAAUUUUUAUGUUAGCUCAUCAUCCGGAUGUACAGAACAAGGUAUUUGAGGAAUUACAAUCGAUAUUUUCGAUCGCCGAUCAUAAUAGACCACCAACAUAUGAAGAUUUACAACAAAUGGAAUAUCUAGAACGAGUGAUCAAAGAAACAUUACGAGUUUUACCUCCUUUGCCUGUGUUUGGUAGAAGUUUAGAGAAGGAAAUGAAAAUUGGCGAAUAUUUGUGUCCAGCCGGUUCAACACUGAUAAUCAGUCCACUAUUUAUACAAUCGAGCGAGCAGUAUUACACUGAUCCAGAGAAGUUUAACCCAGACAACUUUUUGCCUGAUACGUGUCGCAGCCGACAUCCAUACUCAUUCAUACCGUUCAGUGCGGGAUACAGAAAUUGUAUUGGGAUCAAAUAUGGCAUGCUCCAAAUGAAAACCGUUAUAUCGACACUAGUGCGAAAAAAUACAUUUUUCCCGUCGGAAAGAUAUCCCACGCCUAAACACCUAAGAGUAAUGUUUUUAUCGACACUUAAAUUUGUCGACGGUUGUUAUGUCAAAAUAGUACCAAGAACUUUAGCGCCUAAGCCUAACGGAUUACGAUGCCUGCACGCACGACCGUAUUCCAUUCAUACAUCGUCACUGCCGCCGAUUUCGUUAUUUGUAGUUCACGGGACCAAUUGUGACCGUUGGAUCAUUGGCUUUUAUAUUGAAUUGUUCGAAACAAACAUAAAAAUGGGCUUGGACCGUAAAAGAAAGUCAAUUAAUGCUGUUCAAAGCACUGAUAAAAAAAGAAAAAGUAUUAUAGAAAAAAAGUCUUCAUCGUCUUCUUCCUCUUCUUCUGAAGAUUCUGAUGAGCAGUCUGAUCAUGAUAAUGGAUUAAUUAAUGAAGUAAAAAAUGAAAAUCCUGUUAUCAGUCGUUGGCCUCAAGAUGACAUUCAAAAGCUACUAUCUAAAAUGGAGUCGGUACUUCCUAAGAAUGACAAUCAAACAUUUCGAAGUCGAUUCUCCAAAUUAGACUGGGAAAAAAUUCAAUUUGAUAGUUAUAGUAAAGAUGAAUGUCAAUCUACUUGGUUAGCAAUACAAGAUCAGCUCAGAACAUUUAAAACUAUAGGUGAUCUUAUUCAUGAUGCUAGAAAUUUAUUGGAAACUAAAGGCAUUGAUACAUAUCGUUCAAAAACAAAUCGGUUACAAAAACCUAGAACAGCAUACAUGUUAUAUUACACAGAACUUCUACAAAAAUACAGGAAAAAACAUCCAGAUUUAAAAUUGCCACAGUUGACACAAAUUAUUGCUGAAAAAUAUAAUAAAUUAUCUCCUGACAAGAAACAAAUAUUUCUUGAUAGAGCACAAAAAUUAAAGACUGAAUAUAUUGAAAUGGUUGAUAAAACAAAUGUAGGUUUCAAAUUUAAAGAAUCAAAUAAACCGAAAACUCCCUUUCAAGUUUUUAUGGAAUCGAAAUCAUCAGAUUUAGAUUCAGGUAAUGUUGAUAAAGCUGAUAUUCAUAACAAAUUAAAAGAAAAGUGGGAAGGUAUGUCAGAAAAGAAAAAAUCAAAAUGGAUUAAAUUGGCAAACGAACGAGAACAGACAUAUUUAAAUAAUCUAAAAGAAGACCAUAAAAAUGAUCCUGCUUUCACUAUGCCUACAAAAAGUGCUUUGACCAAAGGUGAUAGAAAUAUUUUGGAUUCUCAAUCAGGGAAACCAAAAAAACCUCCAGUCAAUAAUUAUGGUCUUUUCUCUAAAGAAAUGUUGCAAAGUGAUGCAUUAAAUGGUGUUCCUCCUAAAGAGAGAAUGUCAGUGUUGGCAAAGAAAUGGAAAGCUUUUUCUAAUGAAGAGCGGCAAAUUUAUUCUGAUAAGUUAAAAGUUAUAACUGAGCGAUAUAAAACUGAAUUUGAUGCAUACUUAAAAACACUACCAGAAGAUGAAAAACAAUUAGAAAUGUCUAAAAACAAAAUAAAACCUAAAAAAGCUGAGAAACCUGAACCAAAAGUUGUACCUAGGAUUAAUGCUAGAGAAGUUAUUUCAGAAAAACCUACAGAAAAAUCUAAGAAAAAAGAUACUUCAAAAUAUAACUCAAAAACUAAAACAUUCAAAAAUGAACCAAAACCAGUACCUUAUGCAAAUGCAUUUGAACUAUACAGAAGUAAAUUAGAACCAAAUGAUAAACACCCAAUUACAAGUUUAGAAGAUUGGAACAAAAAAAAUGGACGAAAACAAACAAUAUAUGAAAAUGAACUUAAGGCACUUAAAAAAGAAUAUAUGAAAAAUUUGAAAGUAUUUUUAAGAUCUCUUUCUGCGGAUGAUUUGCAAUUGUAUCUAAAAUUGAGAAAACCUGAAUUUUUAACUGAGAAAAAUGAUUCUAGUGCAUCUGAGAAGGAAGUCAAUUCUUCAUCUGAAGAAGAAGAAGAAGAAGAUGAGGAUGACGAUGAUGAUGAUGAUUCAGAGUAAAACAAAAACAUUUAUUUUAAUUUUUAAUUCAAUAUUAAUACCUCUUG